AUGGCCCGAGCCCGCCCGCCGCCGCCGCCGCCGCCGCCGCCGCCGCCGCCGGGGCUCCUGCCGCUGCUCUCUCCGCUGCUGCUGCUGCCCCUGCUGCUGCCGUCCGGCUGCCGGGCGCUGGAAGAGACCCUCAUGGAUACAAAAUGGGUGACGUCUGAGUUGGCAUGGACAUCUCAUCCAGAAAGUGGGUGGGAAGAGGUGAGCGGCUAUGACGAGGCCAUGAACCCCAUCCGCACGUACCAGGUGUGUAACGUGCGCGAGUCAAGCCAGAACAACUGGCUUCGCACAGGGUUCAUCUGGCGGCAGGACGUGCAGCGGGUCUACGUGGAGCUCAAGUUCACUGUGCGUGACUGCAACAGCAUCCCCAACAUCCCUGGCUCCUGCAAGGAGACCUUCAACCUCUUCUACUAUGAGGCUGACAGCGACGUGGCCUCGGCCUCCUCCCCCUUCUGGAUGGAGAACCCCUACGUGAAGGUGGACACCAUCGCGCCCGAUGAGAGCUUCUCACGGCUCGAUGCCGGCCGUGUCAACACCAAGGUGCGCAGCUUUGGGCCGCUCUCCAAGGCCGGGUUCUACUUGGCCUUCCAGGACCAGGGCGCCUGCAUGUCGCUCAUCUCCGUGCGUGCCUUCUACAAGAAGUGCGCAUCCACCACCGCAGGCUUCGCGCUCUUCCCCGAGACCCUCACUGGGGCUGAGCCCACCUCACUGGUCAUUGCCCCUGGCACCUGCAUCGCCAACGCCGUGGAGGUGUCGGUACCCCUCAAGCUCUACUGCAACGGUGACGGGGAGUGGAUGGUGCCUGUGGGUGCCUGCACCUGUGCCACCGGCCACGAGCCAGCUGCCAAGGAGUCCCAGUGCCGCCCCUGUCCCCCUGGGAGCUAUAAGGCGAAGCAGGGAGAGGGGCCCUGCCUGCCCUGCCCACCCAACAGCCGCACCACCUCGCCAGCCUCCAGCAUCUGCACCUGCCACAGUAACUUCUACCGCGCAGACUCCGACUCUGCAGACAGUGCCUGUACCACGGUGCCGUCUCCGCCCCGGGGUGUGAUCUCCAAUGUGAAUGAGACCUCGCUGAUCCUCGAGUGGAGUGAGCCCCGGGACCUGGGUGGCCGGGACGACCUCCUAUACAAUGUCAUCUGCAAGAAGUGCCAUGGGGGACUUGGGACCGGGGGCACCAUGACCUGCUCACGCUGUGAUGACAAUGUGGAGUUUGUGCCUCGGCAGUUGGGCCUGACAGAACGCCGGGUCCACAUCAGCCAUCUGUUGGCCCACACGCGCUACACCUUUGAGGUGCAGGCAGUCAACGGUGUCUCGGGCAAGAGCCCUUUGCCCCCCCGCUACGCGGCUGUGAAUAUCACCACCAACCAGGCUGCCCCGUCUGAAGUGCCAACACUACACCUGCACAGCAGCUCCGGAAGCAGUCUGACUUUGUCCUGGGCGCCCCCAGAGCGGCCCAACGGAGUCAUCCUGGACUACGAGAUGAAGUACUUUGAGAAGAGUGAGGGCAUCGCCUCCACAGUGACCAGCCAGAAGAACUCCGUGCAGCUGGACGGGCUGCGGCCUGACGCCCGCUACGUGGUCCAGGUCCGCGCCCGCACUGUAGCUGGCUAUGGGCAGUACAGCCACCCGGCUGAGUUUGAGACCACAAGUGAGAGAGGCUCUGGUGCCCAGCAGCUCCAGGAGCAGCUCCCCCUCAUUGUGGGCUCUGCCACGGCCGGGCUUGUCUUCGUGGUAGCUGUUGUGGUCAUUGCUGUCGUCUGCCUCAGGAAGCAGCGGCACAGCUCUGAUUCGGAGUACACAGAGAAGCUGCAGCAAUACAUUGCUCCUGGAAUGAAGGUUUAUAUCGACCCUUUUACCUACGAAGACCCUAAUGAGGCUGUGCGGGAGUUUGCCAAGGAGAUCGAUGUGUCCUGCGUCAAGAUCGAGGAGGUGAUUGGAGCUGGGGAGUUCGGGGAAGUGUGCCGGGGUCGGCUAAAACAGCCUGGGCGCCGGGAAGUGUUUGUGGCCAUCAAGACGCUCAAGGUGGGCUACACAGAGAGGCAGCGGCGGGACUUCCUCAGCGAGGCCUCCAUCAUGGGUCAGUUUGACCAUCCCAACAUAAUCCGGUUGGAGGGCGUGGUCACCAAAAGUCGGCCAGUCAUGAUCCUCACUGAGUUCAUGGAGAACUGUGCCCUGGACUCCUUCCUCCGGCUCAACGACGGACAGUUCACGGUCAUCCAGCUGGUGGGCAUGUUGCGGGGCAUUGCUGCCGGCAUGAAGUACCUGUCUGAGAUGAACUACGUGCACCGAGACCUGGCUGCCCGCAACAUCCUUGUCAACAGCAACCUGGUCUGCAAAGUCUCAGACUUUGGCCUCUCCCGCUUCCUGGAGGAUGAUCCCUCUGAUCCUACCUACACCAGCUCCCUGGGCGGGAAGAUCCCCAUUCGCUGGACCGCCCCAGAGGCCAUAGCCUAUCGGAAGUUCACCUCUGCUAGUGACGUCUGGAGCUAUGGAAUCGUCAUGUGGGAGGUCAUGAGCUAUGGCGAGCGACCCUACUGGGACAUGAGCAACCAGGAUGUCAUCAAUGCCGUGGAGCAGGAUUACCGGCUGCCCCCACCCAUGGACUGCCCCACAGCACUGCACCAGCUCAUGCUGGACUGCUGGGUGCGGGACCGGAACCUCAGGCCCAAAUUCUCCCAGAUCGUCAACACCCUGGACAAGCUCAUCCGCAACGCCGCCAGCCUUAAGGUCAUCGCCAGUGCCCAGUCUGGCAUGUCACAGCCCCUCCUGGACCGCACGGUCCCAGACUACACGACCUUCACGACAGUUGGUGACUGGCUAGAUGCCAUCAAGAUGGGGCGGUACAAGGAGAGCUUUGUCAGUGCGGGGUUUGCAUCCUUUGACCUGGUGGCCCAGAUGACCGCAGAAGACCUGCUCCGGAUCGGGGUCACCUUGGCGGGCCACCAGAAGAAGAUCCUCAGCAGUAUCCAGGACAUGCGGCUGCAGAUGAACCAGACGCUGCCUGUGCAGGUCUGACACCCAACUCCCACUGGAUGGGUGCCCUCCAAGGACUGUGCAGGGACUCUGACCAGCUGGCUGGACUUUUGGACUUUUGGAUGCCUGG